AUGCGCAUUUCAACUUUAUCUUCAUCUGUAUUUACUGUCGCAGCCUUGAUUCCCCAGGCGCUGUCGUGGGGUGUCGUCGUCCUGACGCGUUGCCCGCCAGGUCAUGAAGUAGUCGCUACCGUCGCGCAAAUGCACCUCCACUCAUCUGUCCUCCCAAAGUUGUGUGCGAUCCUCGAGAGUGACGCGUCCAACUACGACGGUUCUUGUCACCUCGCCACUGUCGCCGCUUGGGCAGAUCAGGCCCGACGGGAACCAAGGUAUAGGUGGACGGGUCCGCUCCACUACAUCGGCGCAAAAGACGACUACCCUUCUACCUCGUGCGCAUUCCCCGGCUCAGGUGGCUGGGAAGGCCGGUCCCACAUCAACGUGCUCAGCGGUAUUCGCAACGUCACUACGGUGACGUUCGCGACUGCAGACGUCGACGAGUAUGUGCAAGACGCGCUUAAAUUCCUCAUCCAUUUCUUGGGCGAUAUGCAUCAGCCACUUCAUCUCACUGGUCGGGACCGCGGCGGCAACGGCGAUAAGGUCUCCUUCGACGGUCGUGUAACAAAUCUUCACUCUCUAUGGGACACUCUCCUUAUCGCACAACAGCUUCGCACCCUUCACAGGAACUACACGCGUCCUCUUCCGUUGCCGGACGUAGAAAAUAACCUCCGGGGCACUAUCUACGACCCUUAUAUACGGCGCCUCGUCUGGGAAGGAAUCCUCGGGAAAUACGAACAUGAACUUUCUUCCUGGCUGACGUGUCCCACCACGGACAGGCUCCACGUCUUACCGUUGCCCAGGUGGCAGCGUGUCUUACUCUGGUUGUUUGGCAGCAAAUCCAAGGACGGCGGACUUGAUGUAGACGACGAAAUAUUGUGCCCUUACCAUUGGGCCCAGCCUAUUCAUGCUCUCAACUGUGAAAUCGUUUGGCCCACAGAGCUCGAUCAGCCUUUGUACAACCGCAUUUCGUAUACCAGUCACGUUAGUGAGGAAAUAUCCGUCGUUGGCGUGGACGACCUCGGGUCGUUCACACGACGGAAGAACCCCUACCUUGAACUUGAUACCCCCGAAUACGCCGGACGUAUUAGAGAUGAGUGGAUUGUAGAGAAGUUAUUAACGCAGGGCGGUAUCAGACUCGCUGCAGUUCUGAAUUGGCUCUUCGUUGAUUCCACAGAUAGUAGGUCCGGAAAUCUUUUGAUCCGUAAACUGUGA